AUGACCGGAAUGGAGCGGUCUUCGAUUGAGCAUACGAUACACAGCUUACAGAAGGACAUCGAUUCGAAAGCUACCACCAUCAAGCACCUUCAGUCUGCCCUUGAUGCAAAGUCCCAGACGAUCAACAUUUUGUCAAAGGCCAAUAAGAACCAAAACAAAGAUGGAGGAGGGUCGCUUGAGACGUACAUUGAAGAGGUCGCCGAGGAAAUGUGCAAGAGCAAGCUUGCGGCAAAGGACAACGAGGUGAACCGCUUGAUGGAGCUGCUCCAUGACCUGGAGGAGCGCCAAAGCACGCAAAGUGGUUCGCAGCCCAGUAAGGCCGAGGCUCAGCGAUUGGAAGAAGAGCUGGAAGAGCUGCGCCGCAGUAAUGCAGCAGCCUUGGCCCCACUUCGGGAGCAAAACGAGGCGCUGACGGAGCAAGUCCACGCUUUGAAGGAACAGGCACAGCAGAGCGCCAGCCAGCUGAGCCAGUUCCGAGAGUACCAGUCCAAAGCCUUCGAGCUCAAAUCCGCCAAUGACGCUCUCAACGAACAGUUGGAUGCCGUCAACGAGGAGAUCCAGCAAAUGCAGGCCGAACACAAAGAAGAGCUCGACCAGCUUCAAAAGGAACUCUCGACUCUGCAAAGCGACAGACAGGCACACCACCAGGCAGUGGCGGCUCAGAUUGACUCCAAAGUAAAAGCAAUACGACUUUCUUUAGAGAGUGAAAAGCAAAGUUUGGAGCAGGAGCUUGAGGAUGCGAGGGAGAAUGCACGUGUCCAGCUUCAAGCUGUGUCAUCCGAGCGAGACCACUUGCAACUGCGAUUGCACGCGCAGGAGGUCGAAGUUCAGGCCUUGAGGGACGCAGUGGGCUCGGUUCCCGAGUGUGAGAAGCAGUCCGAGGAACAGGCUGAGUCCCAGCCACGAAGAGUCGUGCAAGCUCAGCAAGUCGAAAGAGCCAAAGCCUUGCGAGAGCAGAGCCAGUUUGCUUUCGAUGAGAUGACCAGGCAUCUGGCGGAGAUUCGAGAAGCAGGAGAGACUGAGCGCAAGCGCUUGCAAGCAGAUCUCGACCAGCAGCUGAAGCAACGUGCCGCAGCUUUGCUGGAGGUGCAGAAUGAGAGGGAUAGCCUGCAGACACAGGCCGAAGCGCUCGAGCAAGCCAACAAGGCAGUGUCUUUGCAGCGGGACGAGAUUGCCAGACAGCUGCGCGAGAAGGAACGAAUCAAUCAGGAGCUUGCCGACGAGCUGGAGGAGCAACGGGAGCAAUUCAGGACAACUCAACAAAGAUACGGCGUCUUGUCGCUCGUCCACAGCCUGCAGCGCAGCACCGUGUUGCCUGCCUUCUCACUUCUGCGGAGAGCGCUCCCGCCUGGGGGGUUGGGGGUCCCAGGACCGGGCCGCGACCCGGCCGGGCGCCCGGUGGAGGAGGCCUCUUACAGCGACGCGGAGUCGGAUGAUUCCUACGGUUUGGAUGAUCGCGGCCAGCAGGAGUUCGCGCAACUGAUGAAGGACAAUACAUUUGAAUCUCUCUUCGUUGGAGCGGACAGGGUCAGCGAAGAUGCUACCGCUGUCACUGGUGAGUUGCAAGAGCACAUGACCAACAUCGUGACUUCCCUAGAACUCUUUCCGCAGAUGCAUACCGGUCUCAUGCAGGAGCUAGACAAGAGGGGUUUUGGAAGAGAGCUGCGGAAGUUUCUGCUUCUCAUGCAGAGGGCCGUGGGACGCUCGGUCCGCAUGGCCAGCACGAUGGCUGAGCUUACUGAUAAGCAUGCGAAUGUAAAUGUGCGACUGAAGAACUUGCUUGGCAGCAAGAAGCUGGAGUGGCAUAUGAAAAGCUUGCGCAUGUCCGGGCAACAUGAAGUGCUUCUGCGCUUCCAGAGGAACCAAACAAAAGCUCUAAAGGCCGACUUGGACGAUGUGCUCGAGCAGCUCGGGGAUCAAUGUGAGCAGAAUCGCAAGGUGAAGCAAGAGCUCGAAGAUGCCCGUCUACAGCUGGAAGCCUCGAAAGGAACCCAGGAGAAGGCCUCGCAAGAGCCCGCAGCCGAAGAGCCCAGCACGACGGAGGACGCAGCCACAGCCGAAGAGCCUAAAGCUAGGGCCAAAGGAAAGGGGAAGAAAGGUCCGCCAGGCCCGCCUCCUGCAAAGGCCUCGCCAGAAACCGCCGAAGAGCCCAGCGUGACAGAGGAGGCAGCUGAGCAGCAGGCGAGUGCAGUGCCGAGCAAGGGCAAGGGCAAGAAAGGUCCACCGAUGCCUGGAAAAGGAGGACCCGGACCCGCACCAGGGCCAAGCUGCGAGGAGAACUCCCAGAGUGCGGAGGGCGUCGAAGGUGCAGCCCCCAAGAAGGGAAAGCCUGCUCCGCCGAAGGGAGGCCCCCAAGGAAAGGCUGCCGGCAAGGGCAAGACUGCGUUGCCCGAUGUUGAUCCUGGUCCGGAGCCUCCCAAGCACCUCGUUGGUAAGAAGUUUCAUUGGACGAACGUCGUGGGCACUCGCUUUGCUGGUUCCAUGUUUCAGCAGAUUGUGGAGAGCCUCAACUCGAACAAGACGGAACAUGUUGAAGCAGAGCCCGAUGAUCAGGCAGAUACGAAGCAGGAGCCGGAGAGAAAGCCAAAGAUGCACACUCUGCUCGAGAAGCUGACCGGCACCUUUUUCAAGAGUAAGGAGGAGCCGCCAGAUGCCGCGUGGAAGGAUCAAAAAGAGGCCAGGAAGAAGACCGUGGCACAGUGCUUGCCUCCCAAGAAGAGCCAAGCUGUGGAGAUUUUCCUGAAUGGCUGCGGGGUAAAUAUCGACCACGUGCGGAGAUGUGUUUUGGAUCUCGACGCUGAGAACUUAUCAAAGGUGAUCGAGCUGUACCCCAAGGGCGAUGAGCUCCAAGAGCUGAUGGAUUUCAAGAAGGACAAUGAUCCCACUGUGCUGCCUUGGGCCCGCGCCGAGGAGUUUCUGAUCCAGCUCAUGAACAUCUCUGACUUCAAGGUGAGAGCCGAGUGCUGCCUGACACGGGGUAUGUUCUCCUCUGAGUGCGACGAGGUGGAACGGGAUCUUACGACACUGCAUGCAGCUCUGACGGAUACGUGCAAAUGCGAGAAUCUGCGCAAGAUAUUCACCGUGAUCAUGCAAAUUGGCAACUACCUGAACCACGGUACAAACAAAGGUGCCCAGCGAGGGUUCACUUUGGACACACUACCUCUGCUCAGCCGAGUGGAAGGGUUUGAGGGCAAGGCAUAUUCACUUCUCCGAUUCAUUAUGGACGAAGUCGAUGUCGAUGUCAAGGCGGGAGCGAUGCUGGAGCUGAAGUUCUGUGAAGAAGCUUCAAAGUUGGACUUUGACGAAUCUGUGCGACGCCUCUCCGAAAUGCAGAAGCAGCUCGCCAUCCUGGAAGAAGCUCUUGGACCUCCAGGCGACCUGGAUGGAUCUUAG